AUAGCACAAAAACUCACUAUUGCUUCCCUCUGUCCUUUCAAGACAUCACUUGUUUUUCCUCGAUUCAAUCCUUCAUUUGGUUGCAAAGAUGGGUUUGUCAAUUUCUCGGCUCAUGAGGCUUUUCUUUUCCAAGAAAGAAAUGAGAAUUCUGAUGGUGGGGCUUGAUGCAGCUGGAAAAACAACAAUCUUAUACAAGCUUAAACUUGGAGAGGUUGUUACUACCAUACCCACCAUAGGGUUCAAUGUCGAAACCGUUGACUACAAAAAUGUGAGCUUCACAGUCUGGGAUGUUGGAGGACAGGAUAAGAUUCGACCAUUAUGGAGACAUUACUUCCAGAACACGCAAGGUCUAAUCUUUGUCGUGGAUAGCAACGACAGGGAAAGGAUUUCGGAAGCCAAAGAUGAGCUCCAUAGAAUGCUUAACGAGGAUGAACUGCGCAACGCGACAUUGCUCGUCUUUGCCAACAAGCAAGAUCUUCCAAACGCCAUGAGUGUCUCUGAAAUCACUGAUAAACUUGGCCUGCACUCACUACGCCAACGUCGCUGGUACAUUCAAGCCACUUGUGCCACCGGUGGCCAAGGACUCUAUGAAGGUCUUGAUUGGCUAUCUAGCAACAUCUCUACCAAGGCAUAGACAGAUUAAUCAGCCUUCAAAGCUUUGGGCCCUCCUUUUCUUCUGCCAUCUCUUGAUCAACCAAGAGAAUAGUUUCACUAUAUAUAUAUAUAUAUAGACACACACACACAAAACUAUCAAUAUCAUUAUGUAAUUUACUAUCACUAUAUUGUAAUCAAUUACCAUACAUUACACUUUAAAAUCUUGAGGCAAUAACUUACUAUUGUAGCUAAGAUAACUGGAUAUUCUUGUCUUAUUCUGAGAAGCAGUUUCACGAGAUAUACGAGACUAACAUCUGACAUCUUCUGC